GAGCAGGAGAACCUGUUUCUGUCCCUCAUGCUGUCCCUUUGUCCCCUCCAGGAGCAGGAGAACCUGUCGGACGCCGAGGACCGCUGCAACCAGCUGAUCCAGUCCAAGAUCUCCCUGGAGACAAAGCUGAAGGAGACGCAGGAGCGCCUGGAGGACGAGGAGGAGAUGACCGUCACCUUGACGUCCAGGAAAUGCCAGCUGGAGGAGGAAGUGAUGUCACUGAAGAAAGACGUGGACGACCUUGAGAUGACGCUCGCCAAAGUGGAGAAAGAGAGACACGGAGCAGAGAACAAGGUAAAGAACCUGUCCCAUGAGAUGUGUCUCCUGGAUGAGUCCAUAGCGUCUCUGAGCAGGGAGAAUGCGGCGCUGCAGGAGGCCCACCAGCAGGCGCUGACGGACCGCCAGGCGCAGGAGGACAAGGCCAACGUCCUCAGCAAGGCCCGCGCUCGGCUGGAGCAGCAGGUUGACAACGUGGAGAGCUCCUUGGAGCAGGAGAAGAAGGUGCGUGUGGAUCUGGAACGAACCAAACGGAAGCUGGAGGGGGAUCUGAAGCUGUCCCAGUCCUCAGUGAUGGAGCUGGAGACCCAGAAGGACGAGCUGGACGAGAGACUCAAGAAGAAAGAGACUGAGUUGGUCCAGCUUCAGUCCAAACUGGAGGACGAGCUGAGCAUCAUCACUCAUCUUCAGAAGCAGAUCAGAGAGCUGCAGACGCGGGUGGAGGAGCUGGAGGAGGCGCUGGAGGCCGAGCGGGCGUGGCGCUCCAAGGCCGAGCGCCAGAGGAACGGCAUCAGCCGCGAGCUGGAGGAGCUGGGGGAGCAGCUGGAGGAGGCGGGGGGGGCGUCGGCCGCCCACAUCGCCCUCAACAG